AUGAUGUCCCAGUCUCUCCGGGCUUCGCGCUCUAUCCUCACCCGUGCCUCUCGGCAACAGGUCCCUGUCGCUGCUCGCCGCACCUUCCUGACUUCCGCUGUUCGCCGGGCCGACCAGGUCCAGGACCUCUACCUCCGUGAGCUCAAGGCCUACAAGCCCACCCCCGUCAAGCCCAGCGACGCCGAGGGCAACGUUCACAAGUUCGCCCUUCCCCAGGCCCCCGCUUCCCCCGAGGAAGCCAACCUGGCCAGCGAGCUGUCCGCCUACGAAGCCCAGCAGGUUGAGGUUGAGGGCCAGGCUGCCGCUGGCGAGGCUGCCCCUGUUGAGGAGAGCUGGUUCGAGGAGGAUGAGGAGGAGGCUGCUGCUGCCCACUAA